AUGGCCGACUUCUCCGAUGCAGAGGAUCGACUGCUUUUUCGGCUGGCUAAACAGCAGCGCGAUGAAGGGCACAAGAUCGAUUGGAAUCGAGUGUGGCGAGAAUUGAAAUCUGCCGGAAAAACACAGCAUCAACUGCAGAUCCGGCUAACAACGCUGAAUCGAACUCACGGAACACGUUUAGAUCGUUUCCCCAGACAGUUCUUUACUGGUGCGCAACGCGGAUAA